AGAGGUUGUCGGAAGCCGCGCUCGAGCGAGCGGCCGGGUGGGUGAGCGCGCGCGGUGAAAACCGGAGAAGUCGUUAUUGUAAUAAGCCGGCGAUAAUUAUUAUUAUAAUUUAACCGAUUUCGAUGGUGUCCGGUUAGGUGAGAAAGAUGGCUGAGAGACCAGAAGACUUGAAUCUGCCGAAUGCAGUCAUUACCAGGAUUAUUAAAGAGGCGCUUCCAGAUGGAGUGAAUGUCUCAAAGGAAGCUCGUAGCGCAAUAUCCCGAGCAGCAAGUGUCUUCGUUCUUUACGCAACUUCGUGCGCAAAUAACUUUGCAAUGAAGAGCAAGAGGAAAACGCUGAGUGCCUCUGAUGUGCUUGCAGCAAUGGAAGAGAUGGAGUUUGAUCGCUUCAUAACCCCACUGAAAGAUGCAUUGGAAGCUUACAAGCGAGAGCAGAAAGGAAAGAAAGAAGCUUCAGAACAGAAGAAGAAGGAUAAGAAGCCUGAGAGUGAGGAACAUGACAAGAGCAAGGAAGAUGAGAAUGAGGAAGACACUGAAGAGGUGAAAAUGAUGGAAGAUGAUGAUCAAAAGGAGAUAGAAAACGAGGAAGAGGAUGUAGAAAAUUGAGAUGCCUAUGAAUGCUGUGUAGGUGCUGAGAAUGAUUGAAUUUGGAGUUUGGGCACAAUCACAAGGAUUACCCCUAUACACUUCCACAGGCCUGUUUAAGGACUUUGUGCCAUUGAAUUGGCAUCACAAGGAGGCAGUGGUGGAGCUGCACUGUGCUUUGUUUUUUGUAUAGUUGGGUGAAAUUGAAACCUUUUCUAUUUUGUUAAUCAUUUGUCAUCUUUUUGUAAAAUUGAAAUUUUGAAUAAUGCAUUCAAAAAGA